UUGCUCAACUUUGGUUAUUUCAACUUUCAGCGUGAGGAGGUGUCUCUUCUCCCGAAUUAAGAAAAAAAUUGUCUGAGACUGAGAGUUGGUAUAAAUAAUAAGAUAUUCUUUACGUAUUCAUUUAUGUCAUUUUAGUUAAAUCCCAGUAUUCAGCAACUCUGAUUUCAUGUAAAAGAAUGAAGUAAAUCAGUCCUAUCAAUCAUGGACGAUGUUGGAGGCAGACCCAUAAAACAGAUCCUAGAAGGUUUAGAUGCAGCUAGUGAAGAAGAAUUUGCUUCUCUGUCUAAGUUGCUCCAAGAAUUCACAGAUAUCCCGACCAUUGAUAAAGCAUGGACUUUUAAAUCUGAAACCGAGGGUGGUUCUUCUGCCAUGUUUUUGAUCAGCCAACCAGAUCUUUUGUCUAAUAAAAUGAGGAAAUCCAUAUUAUCCAGUCACAUUUUACAAAAAAGUAACAACUCCGUAAGUUUUCAUUGGGCCCCAUUCCCUAUUGAGAUGACUGGUGUGUCUGCCGUGGUUCCCUCUCCAUCAGGAUCAAAGCUUCUUGUUAUUCGAAAUUCUGAAGGCGAUUCUCCAACUCACUUUGAAAUAUGGGAUCAAUCUCAAGUUAAGAAGGAGUUUGCUAUUCCCCGCUCUAUCCAUGGAUCUGUAUAUUCAGAUGGAUGGUUUGAGGGAAUUUCAUGGAAAUUAGAUGAAACUGUCAUAGCUUAUGUUGCUGAAGAACCUGAUUCCCCCAAACCAACAUUUAGUAGUUUUGGGUACAAAAAAGAGAGUACGGCAGAUAAGGAAUUUGGCAGUUGGAAGGGUCAAGGUGAUUGGGAAGAGGACUGGGGCGAAACUUAUGCUGGGAAAAGGCAGCCAGCUCUUUUUGUUAUCGACAUUUGCUGUGGAGAGGUACGUGCUGUCACAGGAGUAGGAAGGGACUUGAGUGUUGGGCAAGUUGUAUGGGCUCCAUCAGUGGAAGAUCAGCAAUAUCUGGUUUUUGUUGGGUGGCCAAGUACAAGGAAGUUUGGUGUCAAAUAUUGCAGCAACAGGCCUUGUGCCUUGUAUGCAGUCAAAGCACCAUCUUUCAUAUCAGAAGCUAGUGCAACUAGAAGUAAUGCAGCUGAUUCGCUCAUAAUUAAUCUGACUCAGAGCAUAAGUAGUGCGUUAUUUCCAUGUUUCAGCCAAGAUGGGAAGUUCUUAGUAUUUUUAUCUGCGAAAAGUGCUGUUGAUUCUGGGGCGCAUUUGGCAACGGAUUCACUUCAUAAGAUCGAGUGGCCAUCUGAUGGAAAUCUGGGCCCAUUCUUGAAAAUUAUUGACGUGGUUCCUGUCGUCAUGUGCCCUGAGGAUGGCUGCUUUCCUGGGCUUUAUUGCUCUAAGUUUCUUGACAAGCCAUGGCUUUCUGAUGGGCAUACAAUGGUUUUAUCUUCUGUUUGGGGCAGUACUCAAAUAAUACUCUCAGUGGAUGUGUUAAGUGGACAAGUAUCACGAAUCAGCCCAAACAAUUCAGACUUCUCCUGGGAUGUCCUUGCAUUGGAUGGUGACAAUAUUAUUGCCACAUGCAGUAGUCCAGUUGAUAUUCCGGAAAUUAAGUAUGGUAGUCGCGUUGAGAAGAUUUCCGUGGAUGCGAAAUGGAGUUGGCAGGAUGUUGUAACUCCCUCAACCAAAUGCUCGGAAAGGGUUUUGUCUUCACUCGGAUCACUGCAGUUUGAUAUAAUAAAAAUUCCAGUCAGAGGUCACUCGGAGAACCUCCCAAAAGGUGCAAGCAAACCAUUUGAAGCAAUAUGUGUAUCACCAAAGUGUAAAAAGCCUGAAUUGCAUUAUCCAUUAAUUGUCAUCCUUCAUGGAGGUCCUCACGAUGUUUCAGUAUCAAGCUUCACAAAAUCAUCUGCUUUUCUUGCCUCACUUGGUUUCGGUUUGCUUAUAGUGAAUUAUAGAGGUUCUCUGGGAUUUGGCGAGGAAGCGCUGCAGUCUCUUCCAGGGAAAGUAGGGUCGCAGGACGUUGACGAUGUACUCACUGCUAUAGACCAUGCCAUUGAUAAAGGACUUGCUGAUCCAUCUAAAAUAGCCGUCGUCGGUAUUUCCCAUGGUGGAUUCUUGACAACACACUUGAUUGGCCAGGCACCGGACAAAUUUGCCGCUGCAGCAGCUAGAAACCCUGUAUGCAACUUUGCUUUGAUGGUCGGCACGUCUGAUAUUCCAGAUUGGUGUUUUUUCGAGGUGUAUGGAAGUGAGGGAAAAUCUAUCUUUACUGAGUCCUCUUCAGCCGAAAACCUUGCUUUGUUUCACAGCAAGUCCCCGAUAUCCCACGUCUCUAAGGUCAAAACUCCGACUCUCUUCCUUCUUGGUGCUCGGGACCUUCGUGUCCCCAUUUAUGAUGGAAUACAGUAUGCACGAGCAUUAAAGGAGAACGGAGUUGAAACCAAGGUGAUUAUGUUCCCUAACGACGUACAUGCCAUUAAGAGACCGCAGUCCGACUUUGAGAGCUUCCUCACUAUUGGAGCAUGGUUCAAGAAGUACUGUAGAUAGUUAUGUGAUGAUACCGCCGAGCAGGAAUCUGUCUGUAUUUGAAGCGGACGAGUUGAACUUUUUGGCGACCAAGCUCGCCACAACCUCAAGUAAAGAGUUCUUUUUAACUAAAAACUGAAAUUAUUACCUGUCUGUUACAAGGAGGUCAUAAAAUAUUUCGUCACUUAUCUGCCUGGUUUUUACCUUGUAUCUGGAUAAAAACUGUUUCAACCUAUCCAGAAAAUCAUGUAAGGCAUCGAUGUUUAAGUAGCAUCAAUCUGAAUAAGUGCAAGUCAUAUGUAUUUCCCAAUUUAUGGGAACUUGACAUUUAUGUAAUUCAGUAAUACUCAAUAAGAACUUCACUUUUUUCUUUUUC